GUUAUUGAUAUUCAUAGUAUAUGCAAUACUAAAAGUGCUAAUUCUCUUUUGUAUAAACUCAGAAAUCAUGGUUGAUCAUCGUUCUAUCUCGAUUACCAAGACGACUGUUCAUAUUAUCAGAUGAACUACCAGAUGUUGAAAAGCAUUUCAGUAUUACUUAUGAACUUUAAAGGUUCUUUUCAUCUCUACAAUUUCCUAUUAUCGCAAAAACAGUUAGCGACUAUUCUCCUCGCAUACUUAGGUUCAAAAACUUUAAAAAUUUCAUCUUGAGCUCUCGAAGAAGGAACAAUCAACUCCCGAAUCAGAGGUAAAUCAUUCAUCCAAAAUCUCAUUUUCAACCCAAAACCCCCAACUGAUGCACUGACCCUUCCGGAGAAACACCAUCCUAUGAGGACACCCUAUCCACCAUCUCUAAGCUUCCUUGCAAAUAUUCCUUGCACACAAUCUAUGUAAUCCUUCAUCCCCUUCAAGUAAGCUCUUUCUCUUCUAAAAGUUUGCAUUACCUAAUUCUUUUAUAGGAAUACCCCUCGCUAUUACCUUCUGACUACGAAGACUUACCCCAAGUAGAGAUUGGGCACUCUCAAGAGUUCGACCUGGAAUUUGAUUAAGC